AUGCAUCGUAGUACCGAAGCCCAAUCACAAACCUCGCCUGAUGAAGGUGGUCCUCCAUUGCCGCCCCCGAAUUCACCUGAAAACGUGGAGGAAAAUAUGAAAACAGCCAAAGAGGCUCCAGUGUCGCCCAAGUCCAGGAACUCGAAGCUACAGCUUCGCGUGAGCCGGAGGACAUCAAGCCGGGAAACUAAAUGUGAAGAGCUAGAAUCGCAAUCAUCGAGCUCCAGCUAUGUGGGCACACGCAGAAGAGGCAGGCCCCCCAAACAGAAAAGGACUCUAUACGGAGAACUCACGGUCAACUGUCGCAAGUGCGGAACUGCCACGAUCUAUUACCCGGCUCGCACCAAGUUCUUCUCAUGUGCGGAGAUAGAUGGUCGCUUGUUUAAGGUGAAGCGGAUCUCGGCCAGAAAGGUGCUGGGUGGUGCCACUCGCAAGGAACCGAAGAAGCGGACUGCGUAUACUUGUAGGAAACCCAUUGUUCCUUGAACUCGAAUUCCGAAAGAUUUCCAAAAUGCAUGUAACUCUUGUCUAAAUUAUUCGUACCAAGAAUUGUUACAUACGAGUAAAAGCUGCAAAGCAAGCUAUUUUGAUUA